AUGGUUGGACGCCGGGCCAGUUACCCGGAGUAUGUGGAUUGGUUAACAGAGCUGCGUCGCCAAGGUGGCUUUAGUUUCGUCACACAACCUCGAAGCUUCCCUAUGAACAGCACAUUCACCAAACAUCCGAAAGCAAGGACGUACGAAGAAAUAGCGGAAAGUGUGUUGAAUUCUCAUCGAGUUACGGAGGCUGUGCUCGAUCAGGCCAGAAGAACGGGUGAAUCUGUUACAAAAGUGCGGCACGAAGCGAAAGCAACGCUGAAAAUAAUGGCCCAUAACUGGAACCUCCAGAGCACGAGGAUAUUCGGCUACGCUGUUGCCAAGGUGUUAGAGCGAAUUUUUGACGCUAUCUAUGUGAACUCGAACCAAAUACAGCGAAUACGGGAGCUCUGCAAGAGAGAAUCUGUAGUUUUCAUGCCGUCACACAGGACGUACCUGGACUUCCUUCUUCUCUCACUUUUUUGCUUCGAAUAUGAAGUUCCUUUGCCUGCAAUUGUGGCUGGUAUGGACUUUACGAACUCAUGGUUCAUGGGCGAAGUUCUGCGAAGGAGUGGUGCUUUUUUUAUACGGCGCUCUAUUGGAAAGGACCAGCUUUAUUGGGCGAUACUCUCAGAAUAUGUGCAAACGCACAUUGUGCAUUCCGAUAGACCUAUAGAAUUUUUUGUGGAAGGGACGCGGAGUCGUGUCGGGAAGAGCCUCCACCCAAAAUAUGGGCUCUUGCAGAUCGUCCUAGAACCUUAUCUACGGGGCAAAGUGUAUGAUAUUGUAGUCGUUCCAGUUACUAUGAAUUAUGACAAAUUGCUGGAGGAAAUGCUCUAUUCCUAUGAACUGUUAGGAUUUCCGAAGCCCAAGGAAUCGACAUCAGGCCUCAUCAAAGCUCGCGAUGUUUUAAAUAGAAGUUUUGGCAGAUGUUUUGUGACUUUCUGUGAACCUAUAUCCGCACGGGAAUAUUUCGGGAUGUCAUUACAUAGAUCUCAAUUUGUAUGCCAGCCAGAUUGUCAGUUCCUGCUCACUCAAGUGCAACGGAAACAGAUCAAAAAGUUUGCCCAUGUCGUUGUGGAGAACCUGGACCGAAACGCCGUUAUAACGUUAUGGUCUCUAGCGUGUGUAACCAUGUUAGAGCACCUCGCUCACGAUGACAAAGCAAUGUUUACUUACGAUCAGCUUCAUUUCGAGGUAACAAAGUUGUUGAGAUUACUGGAAGCGCUUGAUGUCACUGUUAACAUCCCAGUAUCCGUUGACGAGGACCUUAGGUAUUACCUAAACCUCCAUCCAGAACUUUUUGAACCGGUGGACAUGACGAAGCAAAAUUUCCACCUUAAGCUAGUGGAUUUUCCUGUGGAAAAGGAAGGGAACGUUAGUCGAGAGAUGAUGGAACGAUCCGUGUCACGAUUGUUACUUGCUACUUACUCAAACACGAUGAUGCAUUCUAUAUGUGACGUUGGCUACAUAGCUGCAAUUGUUUUGGGUAGGAACACUCAUCAACUUAGCACAAUGGAGGAACAUUACCGAGUUCUGCGUAAGAUCAUGGAGAGAGAGUUCGUUUAUGUUCCCGACGCGGAGUCGAGUUCCUUCUACAACGCCUUGAGACGACUUGGGCAAGCAGGGAUUGUUGAAGUACUUGGCAACGGGAUCCAUGUUUUGAAACCUGAAGAGCUGUCUGUGUUGUGGCGUUUGAUUUCUCCGCACAUCCUGAAUUUCAAACUCGUUGUUGAAGCUCUGAUUGCUGCAAACCUACCUUCGUAUUCCAUGAAAGAUAUACUUCUACUUUCACAGAAGUUCAUUGCUGAUUCCUAUGUUAACGAUGUUAGCAAUCAGAUAAGAUUAUCAUUCCUUUCCACGGAGCCCAUCAAAAACGCAGGACUCAUGUUGGUCUCUCGACACGUGCUUCUAGCAGAGGGAGGUGCUUUCACGCUAGACCAUAACUCUGCUUUAAAACUUCUACAGGAUCUCUCCACGCUAUCGAUCUGUGGAUCUGCGCCCCUACAAUCUUCAAAACUCUAG